AAACAGCUGUCAAACGCCACGAGUUGAAGUAAACAAAGUGCUCGGUUUUUCGUUCUCUUUCUGGGCCAUAAAAAAACACACACAAAUUUGUGUAAAAAUACAUCCAAAUCGUGUAAAAACUGUAGUUAAACAUGUCCGUAAGCUUUACCCGUCGAAGUACACGGUUGGAGCUGCUCAGUGCACGGGCAUUGCCACAGCAAAAGGUCAUCGUUAUAACCGAUAAACUAGGCUUUGAACCAAACGCAAAUACAGUCACAACCAGCUGGCUAAGUGAGCAGUACGGCGAUAAAGCUACCACCGCCGGUGUGACCCAUUUGAACGAAUCGUCUAAAUACCUCCUGCUGAUCCUCUCGCAGCUAGAGCGCCGAUUUGAACCGCGCCAAAUAUUCCACUACAUCGCCCAGUGCAAAAGGGAUGCCACCGUCGAGCACGUGUUCGUGUGGAUUGUGGAGCAAAAGCUGCAGGAGCCGUUUCUGCGACCCUACCUCGAGCAUAUGGCCGACAGUGUGAUAACGUUCGAGGACCGGCAGCACCUGUCGCUGCUGGUAAAGAAAAGCACCGGAGCCGUCACGCACAAGUACUACGAGUUUGACCCGCUGAAAGAUUCGAUCACUGUUGUGGAAGCAAAGCGAGCAGCGGCGACCAAAGCAGCUGCGGUUUCGAUGGAGGUCGAUCCACCGCCGAAUCCGGCCAGCUUGGGCACGUUUAAAAUCGAUCUGAAAGAUGAGGAGGUAGCGGCGAAGAAUGCUCUCACGUUGCCCUUUGAGUUCUUCAAAACGCUCCCCGAAGGAGGAAAGAUCCUGUACCAUCCGGACGCGGAGGAUGAUCUUGACGAGGAGGAUCCCGACGAUGACUUGCUGAUAUGAGUUACGAAAUACACACAUGCUCCCGUGGAACGGCA